AGUUUAGAGCAUGACUCUGCUGCCAUCGCUGUAGAGGAACAACGGACUGUUUGACAAAGGAUCUUAACUCUGCCCAGAGAAUCCUCAAUGUGGAAGCAGGAAAGGAAUGGAAGAAAGCUAUGAGACAUUUGAGGAGGAGUUGCGACCACAAAGAGCAGAUCCUCCUCCACUGAAGCCUGUUCGACAGAUUUGCAGACCAGAAAUGUACACUACAAGAAAAACCAGAGAGGAAAUGGCUCCAGUUCCACAGCACACAAGAGCAGAAGCCAGGACUUUAAGAGAACCCAUCUUCCCCAGAACAGCAUCUUUACACAAAACCAUGUCCACCCAAAACUUGACUCAGAUUGAAACACCAUGGGAAAAUGUCACACUGAACAGAUGUCUCUUUGUGGCCAUUACCAUCCUCGUGCUCACCUCUGGCUUUCAGAAGCUUCAAGAAACAAUGCGGGGUCAGAGGUCAGUGGAGGAAGAAGAACUUGGGUUGACAGUGAGACGGACAGGCACAUUACGUCACAGAGGACAACCAUCAGAACCCCAGACAUCGCUGUGGGAAGUUAUGUUUUGGUGGCUGCCAGACCUUGAUGACGAAGACGACGAGGAGGAUGAAGAGGAUGACGAUGGAAAAGCCAAAACACAAAGGUCAAAGAAAGGAGCAGUAGGACGAACAUCAAGAGGUCUCCGUAACAAGCCACUGCCAGACAGAAACCUCAUGAAGCGAAGAGAUGGGAAAUUAAAGGACAGGAGGGCUAAGAAAGCCAUGGAUGAAGAAAACAAGGUUAAAACAGAAAAAGAUAAAAACCAGGACCUCAAAGAAGCAGCAGGGGAAGAAGAUGAAGAUCAAGGCAAUGAGGAGAUGCCAGAAAAGAAAAAGAACAUGAAGGAAAUGAAAGAGAAGAAACAAACUCAUGCUGAAUGAGUUGAUUAUUUUUCAUCUUCUCCUCUAAAGCUUUUAAAUAGCAGUAUUAAGACUCAGAUCAUCUGUGCUUUCAAUUUUAUGAAAUCUUUCUUAUCAGUAGUUCCAGUUUACUCAGCUGUUGACAGUAUCAAGUCAGACCUAGUUUGGACAGAAAGAAAAUAAUUUAGUCAUUUUUGACCCCCACCUGAGAACUGCUUCAAGGUGACUGGUCAGGGUGUCUUUAUCAAUUCUUGCUGCUUAGUUAUUCUAAUCUUUAAGGUCCAGUGUGUAACAUUUUUUAGGUUUUAUGCGUUAAUUAACAUAGGAGUUAACAGCCAGGAGAGGGGGAAGAAUGGAAAUUAUUUCUUUUGUGGUAGUUCAAUCUGAAGUCUCACCAUUAGUGUCUGUAAUGUUUUGUUUGUUUUUAAGUAAAUGGCCCACUCGC